UUGUGUGGAGGUGAAGACAGAAACAUCACCCAUCAGAAAACUAUUUUGGACUCUCUUAAAUGCCACAGAUCACCACUGCUCCUACAGACGGUGGAAGCGUCCUGUGCUUCUGAAGGAUUGCUGUACUUGACUGUACUUUGGUAUAUAUUUUAAAGUGCAGGGGAAACAAAUAAAGAAAAAAACAGUGUUUCUCUUUGAACUGUUUGUGUCUGACAAUGGAGGCCAUCGCCAUGUACAAUUUUUGUGCCACUGAGAGAGAUGAACUCAGCUUUGUAAAAGGAGAUAUAGUGAAGAUAUUAAAUAUGGAAGAUGACCAGAACUGGUACAAGGCAGAACUGCAUGGGACUGAAGGUUUUGUGCCAAUGAAUUACAUUAAAUUAAAGCCACAUCCAUGGUAUGCUGGCAGAAUUUCUAGGUCAGUGGCUGAAGAAACAUUAUUAAAACUUGGAUUCAUAGGAGCUUUCCUGAUCAGAGAAAGUGAAAGUUCACCUGGUGAUUUCUCCAUAUCAGUGAACUAUGGACAGCAAGUUCAGCACUUCAAGGUCCUCCGUGACAGAGAUGGAAAAUAUUUCCUUUGGGAAGAAAAGUUCAACUCCUUAAAUGAAUUAGUACAUUUCUACAGAACAACCACAAUAGCAAAAAAACAACAAAUCUUCUUAAGGGAUGAAAACCAAGAACUGGAAAAACCAAAGUAUGUGCGGGCACAGUAUGACUUUUCACCACAUGACAACACAGAACUGGGCUUUUACAGAGGGGACGUCAUUGAAGUUCUCGACUGCACAGACCCAAACUGGUGGAGAGGCAAAUGUCAUGGGCGGACUGGAGUUUUUCCAAGAAACUAUGUUUAUCCAGUUCACCAGUGACAUUGCAGUGACUCUUGUUCUCCUUUACACUGUACAUGAUACUACAAUGGUCAUAUCUGACAGCACAGCUGGAGCCAUAAGAGACAGCUAAACAAAUACAUACAACUGUAUAUUGUAUUCCAGUUCUCCAACUUGGAGCCUAGCUUUUUGAUAUGUGAA